AUGAGAUAUGGCACAAUGAACAUUAAGGAACCAACACGUAAACGAAAAUUACAUGCAGAAUCUGGAAAAAGCUUAAGCAACAUUGAUGAUGAUAAUUUAGAAAGUACAUCCGAAUACGAAAUUACGAAUAAGAUAGUAAAAAUAUGUAAACAAGGCAACAAAAAAAAGAAGGUAAUAGUUAUUGCUGGAAAAUCAGUUAAUAUCGAUCCCGAAAGUAAUGACUCCGAAAACAAAGAAAUUGAAAACACUGACCCUGAAAAUAUAUUGAUACAUAAAUCUACGAAGAAAAAAGAAGUGCAACAACUAAUAGACAAACUAAAAAAUGACUUGAUGAACUGA